AUGGACAACCCGGGGCUCAAGAUUACGGCGAGAAAAGCCGCAAGUGCAGCCAGCCAGCCAGUCAUCGAACUCUACCAUCCGAGUAUAAUGCAUUCAAAACGCACAUCUACAUAUCUACCCUCAUCCCAGGCAAAUAACACGACAUGUAUCGAUAUGCGUGUUUCAACAUCACUACUGCGAAUCUACUACCUGGCUUAUCAUUCGUCUGUUUGCUUGUGCAGGACGAACAUGCGUUCGCGUUGUACUACGGGUGACAAGCGAGGCGCGCAGCUACGGAGUGUUUCGCGGCUAUGUGAGGAGAUCCGAAAUACGUUUUUCGGUGUUGAUUUGGGGGUUGGAUCGUCUGCGGGAGUAUCGACGUAUGUUCGUUUCAUGUACUUGAGCUACUGUACUAUGGCCUUCACUUACCGUACGUGGAAGUUGACUCUACAAGCAAGCUCGUUAGCCAAAGCUCGGCGAGUCACUAUCGCUGUUGCUGUGUCGAAAUUGUCGCGGAAGCACAUGGCUGGAGUGUCCUAUUCCACGCACACACAAGUCGCAGUAUCCAAUGGACAAGGUAUCGCCGGCUACGCAGAUCACUCUGCUUCCAGUCUGCGCAAUCCAUUGGAAUUCACCUCUGGGCCUGCGUCAUCGCGGUUGAAAUCGUUUCUCGCGCUUCUUCCACAGCUUAUCGUAUCUUGGAAAGCUUAA